AUGGGGCUCACGUUUACGAAGCUGUUCAGCCGUCUGUUCGCAAAGAAGGAGAUGAGAAUUUUGAUGGUCGGUCUUGAUGCGGCUGGCAAAACAACCAUCUUUUACAAGCUUAAGCUUGGAGAGAUCGUCACCACCAUCCCCACUAUUGGAAAUGAGAAGGUUGAAGAUGCUAAAUCCCAAGAUGUAAAUUGUUGGAACCAACCAAAUGAUUCAUCUACCAAACCACAUGUUUGGGAUAAGGACAAGAUGCAUGGUCAAUCUAAUUCUGUUUGGGGUAGUCAGAGCCUAAAGGGUACCCAUACGGAGAGAUCUUCAGACAUUGGUGGUUGGAAUGAAGACAAAGGACAAGAUGAGUUGAAUCAAUCAACAAGAUCUCCUGUUUGGAGUUCUUCCCCUAUUGAGAAGUCUUCAGAUGGCAGCAGUUAG